CUGAAAGUGGCCUUUCAACCAUCCCUCCUUGGCAUCACCAGCAAGCUUCCUCUUUCCUCCUCUUCAUUCUCACCCUUGCCAUUCUCCAUUUUCUCACUCAUGCUACCUGCAGCUGCAUUGACCCAGCUAUCCCUCCCUUAAACUCGAGUCUUUUGCCUGAGGUGUCCCCUGUCCUGCUGCUGGAUGCUCGAAGCUACGGCUUCACCUCCCCGCCAACAUGCAGGCCUCGGGCAGUACUAUGUUGACUAAGUUCGAAUCCAAGUCGUCGCGUGCCAAGGGCAUCGCGUUCCAUCCCAAGAGAACAUGGGUUCUAGUUGCUCUCCACUCGUCCACGAUUCAGCUUUGGGACUAUCGCAUGGGAACACUCAUUGACCGAUUCGAGGAACACGAUGGCCCGGUGCGCGGAAUCGACUUUCACAGGACCCAACCCCUUUUUGUCUCGGGCGGUGACGACUACAAGAUCAAGGUCUGGUCGUACCAGACACGCCGCUGCCUCUUCACCCUGAAUGGUCAUCUCGACUACGUCCGAACCGUCUUUUUCCACCACGAGCUGCCCUGGAUUCUCUCGUCUUCCGAUGACCAGACCAUCAGAAUAUGGAACUGGCAGAACCGCUCCUUGAUUUGCACCAUGACCGGUCAUAACCAUUACACCAUGUGCGCCCAGUUCCAUCCCAAAGAGGAUCUCGUCGUCUCCGCUUCGCUCGACCAGUCCGUCCGCGUCUGGGAUAUCUCCGGCCUGCGGAAGAAACACUCGGCCCCGACCUCCAUGACGUACGAAGACCAGGUCGCCCGUGCGAAUCAGAACCAGGCUGAUAUGUUCGGUAACACUGAUGCCGUCGUCAAAUUCGUCCUCGAAGGCCAUGACCGAGGUGUGAACUGGGUCGCCUUCCACCCCACCAUGCCGCUUAUUGUUUCCGCCGGCGAUGAUCGUCUCGUCAAGCUCUGGCGCAUGAGCGAGACCAAGGCCUGGGAGGUCGAUACCUGCCGGGGUCAUUUCCAGAACGUCUCGAGCUGUCUCUUCCACCCGCACCAAGAUCUGAUCCUUUCCGUCGGCGAAGACAAGACCAUUCGCGUCUGGGACCUGAACAAGAGGACUGCUGUCCAAACCUUUAAGCGAGAGAACGACAGAUUCUGGGUCAUUGCCGCCCAUCCGGAGAUCAACCUGUUCGCUGUUGGUCACGAUAAUGGCGUGAUGGUCUUCAAACUCGAGCGCGAACGGCCUGCGUCUGCCGUGUACCAGAACAACCUCUUCUACAUCACCAAGGAGAAGCACGUCAAGUCCUACGACUUCCAGAAGAACAUGGACAGCCCCACGCUUCUGUCCCUGAAGAAGCUUGGCAGCCCCUGGAGCCCUCCCCGUACCUUGUCCUACAACCCUGCCGAACGAUCGAUUCUGGUGACUUCGGCCGGCGACAACGCCUCUUAUGAGCUCAUCAACCUCCCGCGAGACGGCUCCGGCGCCAUCGAACCCACCGAGUCGAAGCGCGGAUCCGGUAACUCCGCCAUUUUUGUCGCCAGAAAUCGCUUUGCCGUCCUGAACACGUCGACCCAGGUCAUCGAUAUCAAGGAUCUGUCCAACAGCACGACGCGGUCUUUCAAACCGCCAGUCGGCACAACCGACAUCUACUUUGGCGGCACCGGCAACCUGUUGAUCCUCACCCCCACGCACGUCCACCUCUACGACAUCCAGCAGAAGAAGAGCGUGGCCGAGCUCGCCGUCGCCGGUGUCAAGUACGUUGUGUGGUCCAACGACGGACUCUAUGCCGCACUUUUGAGCAAGCACAACGUGACCAUCGUCACCAAGACGCUCGAACAAGUCAGCACCCUGCACGAGACCAUCAGAAUCAAGAGCGCAACAUGGGACGACACGGGCGUCCUGCUCUACUCCACCCUGAACCACGUCAAGUAUUCUCUCAUGAACGGGGACAACGGCAUCGUGCGUACUCUGGAACAGACCGUCUACCUUGUUCGCGCCAAGGGCCGGAACCUCUACUGCCUGGAUCGCACAGCCAAGCCCAAGAUCCUCCAAAUCGACCCCACCGAGUAUCGCUUCAAGCUUGCGCUCGUCAAGAGAAACUACGAGGAGAUGCUUCACAUCAUCCGAAACUCGAGCCUCGUGGGCCAGUCCAUCAUCGCUUACCUGCAGAAGAAGGGGUAUCCCGAGAUUGCCCUGCAGUUCGUUCAGGACCCGACCACCCGCUUCGAGCUGGCCAUCGAAUGCGGCAACCUCGACGUUGCCGUGGAGAUGGCGAAGGAGCUGGACCGCCCCAAGCUGUGGUCGAGACUGGCCGCUGAGGCCUUGGCGCACGGCAAUCACCAAAUCGUCGAGAUGUGCUAUCAGAAACUGAAGCAGUUCGACAAACUUUCCUUCCUCUACCUGUCGACGGGCGACCACUCCAAGCUGUCGCGCAUGGCGAAGAUUGCCGAGCACCGGGGAGACUUCACAUCCCGCUUCCAGAAUGCGCUGUACCUCGGCGAGGUCGAGGACAGGAUCCAGAUGUUCAAAGAGAUUGACCUUUACCCAUUGGCGUAUAUGACUGCCAAGUCCAAUGGCCUCGAGGAGGAAUGCCAGUCCAUUCUCGAAGCCACUGGCCUCACCGAGGACCAGCUGACCAUGCCCACCAUCGGCGAGCCCUUGACUCCACCCAAACCCGUCGUGCCUACUUACAAGUCCAACUGGCCGACGAAGGCGACGUCGCAAUCGAUCUUUGAGAAGGCACUCCUCGGGCAGGUAGAGGGUCUCUCGUUGGAGGACGAUGCAGCUGGAGCGAACGGCUUUGGAUUGGACGAGGCCGCUGACGAUGAGGGCCCCACCAAGCGGGAUGUCGGUCUGGUCGAUGCGGAUGUCGACGAAGAUGCCGCAGGCUGGGAUAUGGGCGAGGACGUCGUCCCCGAGGUGGACAGCGACUUUGUCAACGUUGAGAGCACAGAAGCCGGCGGUGCCAGCAGCAGCGAGGCGGAGCUGUGGGCUCGCAAUUCGCCGAUAGCGGCAGAUCACGUCGCCGGCGGAUCCUUCGAGACGGCCAUGCAGCUCCUGAACAGGCAGGUGGGCGCCGUCCACUUUGCGCCGCUGAAGCCUCGGUUCCUCGAGGUGUACCAGGCUUCGAGGACAUUCCUGCCCGCCUCGGCCGGGCUGCCCCCUCUUGUCAACUACGUCCGUCGUACGGUCGACGAGACAGACCUCAGGAAGGUGCUUCCCAUUGUGCCGCGCGACUUGGAGUUCCUCGCCACGAAUGACCUCCACAGGGGCUACGACGCGAUGAAGGCGAACAGGCUGGAUGACGGUUACAAGAUCUUCAAGGGCAUCCUGCACGCCAUUCUGGUGAACGCCGUUUCCAGCGAAAGCGAAGUGGACGAGGCGAAGAAGCUCAUCGCCUCGGCCAGCGAGUACACCGUGGCGAUGGGCAUCGAGCUCAGCCGGAGAAACCUGGGCACUCCGGACGUCGUUGCCCAAGACCCGGAGAAGCUGAAGCGCAGCCUGGAGCUUUCGGCUUACUUCACGAUCCCCAAGAUUGAGGUUCCGCAUAGGCAACUGGCUCUUCUGAGCGCCAUGCACCUGGCGCUGCGGAACAAGAACUAUAACUCGGCCCUGAGCUUUGCCAACAGGAUUAUUGCCAACGGUGGCGCGAGCAAGAUCCUUGAAAAUGCCAGGAAGACAAAGGCGCAAUGCGAGCGCAACCCCCAUGAUGCCGUGGAGAUCGAGUUCGACCAGUUUGCCGAGUUCGAGAUCUGCGCGGCCAGCUACACACCCAUCUACAGUGGCACUUCGUACGAGGAGUGCGCCUUUGACGGCUCCAAGUACCACACCAAGUACAAGGGAAGCGUCUGCAGGGUCUGUGAGGUCUGUGAGAUUGGCAAGCAUGGCAGCGGGUUGAAACUUUUCGCGUAAUGGCUAGAAGGGUGUUCGUGUUCGGGGUCAAGGGGUGGCCACCGAGGCAGAGGCAGAGGCAGAUGCAUGAAUGGUCGAAGGAAAAGACUGGGGGAUAGGGGGGACCACAAGGAGAAAAUAACCUUAGAGAUGAGUGAUUGCACUGUUUUGUGAGACGUCCUGGAGUCAUGUCCCGGAGUCAUGUUGUCAUUGAGUACCGUCACGAUGCAAGCAGGACGAAAUUGAGGUGAAUAUUUCAAUACUCAUGAUAUAUCCUGGGGAUGCAAGUGGCGGUGAUGUGUAUAUUGUAGCCUUUUGAGUGUUGUUUGAGAUGCAAAAUGACUUUGCAUAGCAUUGUUGCCG